GCUGCCACACAGGCGCGCGCGUCUGACAAGUCCGCUCAGACGGAGGAGCUGCGACGCGCCGCGGAGCCCCUUCAACGCGUCCACUUCGGGAGGAUGGAGGAGGAGGCUCCAGCCAGGCGCUCUGUGGCAGAACUGGCAGGAAAGUUCACAAGUAAAUCUCCUCCUCCAAACCCUGUCGGGAAUGAAGAGGUCAAACAGGUCAGACGGCGACCCCCUCGCACCUUACAGCUUCCACCUAAAGAUGAGGGAGAUGAACCAAUGAAAUCCCCUGGCGCCCUAUCGCCUCUUCCAGCCAAAGCGAAGAGGAACUCGGCUCUCAUCGAGAAACUUCAGGCUAACCUCGCAUUGUCUCCUUCAGUCUUGCUUCCCUCUCCUAAGAGCCCCGGGUUGAGACUGCUGCCGCCCAGCUUCACCCUCCCAUCCCCUUCCACCGUCUCUGCCCCUGUAACCACUGAAACCACGGUAACCCCCACAACAACGAUGACCCCCACAACCGUGGUGAACCCAACGGGUCUGGCAAGUGAGGAGGAAGCCCCGGCUUCCUUUGAAACCCCACCCACCACCGCAGAGGGAUUGCUACUGCCAAGCAUCAAUAAGGGCAGAGCCCGCCUCUCCAUCAGGCGGCGCCCUCCAUCUCGCCGGCACAGGAAGUCCAGUAGCGGAGAGGAGGUGGGCGGACCUGCCGGAGAAGAAGACAUGCCCUUAUGCUCCCCCGAUGACCACAGAGAUAAAACGGCAGAAGAAGAGGAUAAAGAUGGACAGGUAUUUGAUAAGGAAGUGCAAAAGGAAGAAAUAGAGACAGACAACUCCAUGAGUCCUGAAGAAGAGGUUGAGACACGGCCAGGUUUAGAUGGCAGUCUGACAAAUCCACACAAGUCCAACAGCACAAAACCAGAACCGGUGCCAAAUAGCCGGCCUGAGCCCCACAGUGAAGAGGUGAAGAAUGAGAGGAUGGGUGAUGGAGAAGCGCUGUCCAACAAAGAGGGAAGUGAGGAGAUGGUGAAAGAGGUGGAGAAUGGAUCCAUGGGAGAAGAGGAGAGACAUGGGUCAUCAUCAGCGAGGGAGAAGCAGGAAAAUCCCUCCGGGGAGAGAGAAGAAAGGGCAGAAGGAGCAUCUGGUUUAGAUGGGGAAAGCAAGGCUGACACAGAUGGAAAGCAAGGAGAUGAGGACAAGGAGAUGAAGUGUCAGACUUCAGAUGGAUGACCGAACUGGACCUGCUGAGUCAGAGUACCUGGAGUCAUCAUGUGACCCCGCUGUGGUGGCGAGGGGGCUGUUUAAAAGCCCCUCCACACAUCCUACAGGCCCCCCAUAGGAAGGAAAAAGGCUGUGGGCUGAACAGUAUCCCAUCUCUAUUGUCUUUCCCUGCUGAGGAAUGUAAAGAACGGACAUUUUCUUCACACUGUACCAGCACACCUUUAUAUUUUUUUUUCAUGAUUUGGCCGAGUUGUUUGUUUUGAUUUUAUGAUCAGUUGAAGAACAUUGACGUUUCAUUCCAAAAAGCUCCAUGCCUCGUUUUUUUUUUUUAAUAUCAAAGGGAGAAACUACCUGAUUUUCCUCACUCAGUGUUUAAGUCUCUGAAACAUUAUGUUGUGUAGGCAGAUGACCCCUGACAGCUGGUAACCCAUUGUGAAAUUGAUUUCAAUGCUACAAAUUGUUUUGGCAGAUCAGGUGUCACAUCUCAAAUGGUUGACACAGUACCUCUAUUAGUAAUGACAUAUUUUCAUUAUUUCAGGCUAAACAUUUGUCAAAUAGUCAGAAAGAUGUAUUGCCUCCUUCUACAUGAAUGCAGUGGAUGCCAGACAUUAUAUAUAUAUAUAGAUAUAUAUAUAGAUAUAUAGAUAUAUAUAGCACAUAAAGUAAGGAAAUUUGUGUUUGGUAGAUUAUUUCUUUGUU